AUGUCCUCGUCACGAAGGGUCAUACUCAUCGCAACCCUAUCUUGUACUUCCUUUCUUGAUAUCUUUGCCGUGCAGGCAAAUGUCCUCGUGUGGCCUCAGAUAAGCCAUGAGUUCGAUAUAGCUGCCACACGACAGCAGUGGAUUGCGUCAGCUUACAACGUCGCGUUUGGGUCCUCGCUGUUGUUCCUUGGCCGUGUGGCUGAUAUCUAUGGUCGCCGCAUGGUGUUCGUCGCCGGUGCUCUGUUCCUUGCCCUUGUCACUUUGACCAUCCCGUUCUCACCCAACGAGGCGAUGUUCGACAGUCUCCGCGCGCUGCAGGGUCUUGGUGCUGCGGCAACUGUACCUUCUGCUGUGGGCAUACUGGGCGUAACCUUUCCACCGGGGAAAUGGAGGAACUAUGCCUUCGUCGCCUACAGCGGUGGUAUGGCUUCGGGCUCUGUCAUAGGGAAUCUUGUGGGCGGUGUAGUUGGAGGAUUCCUGGGUUGGAAAUGGGUCUUCUGGUUCGUUUCCUUCUUUGCGGCUUUGCUAUCGGCCACUAGCUUCGCGCUCAUACCGGACGAAACUCGUUGUGCUGUCGAUAACGAGGAGAGCCGACUCGACCUUGACUGGCUUGGAGCUCUCAUUAUAUCCGGCAGUUUGGUCAUGCUUCUUUAUGCUUUGUCAGAGGGAAAUGUGAUUGGAUGGGGGACACCAAUGAUACCUUCCCUCAUCGCAGCUUCGCUAGCACUCAUGGUGGCCUUUUAUUUCUGGCAACGCCACCUCGAGCGCAACACAAAACGCGCUCCACUCGUGCGAGUCUCCAUGUUUAGAGACACCCAGUUCACUGCAGCAUUUGUGGCCGUGGCAUGCUUCUUUGCGUCCUUUAGCAGCUAUUUCGUCUUCGUGUCGCUCUUUUACGAGGAGUACCAGGGACUGAGCGUCCUUGACACAACGCUGAUGUUCAUACCCUCGGGAGUAUCGGGAUGUAUCGCAUGCAUCUUUACUGGGCAACUGUUGUCGCGCGUGCCCGGCUUCUACCUGCUGCUAGCCACCAGCAUCUUGGCAACAAUCUCCCCCCUUCUCUUUGCAGUUCCCAUACCGCCUGACACCACAUACUGGGCCUAUGGAUUUCUGGCUAUGUGUCUCUGCUUCAGUGUGGACAUUUUUGCGCCGACAAUCAACCUGUUCAUUGUGGAGCGUCUCCCGGAGAAGGACCAGUCGCUCGGAGGCGGCCUGAUCAACACAGCAAACCAACUCGGCCGUGCUUUCGGACUGGCUAUCGCAACUGCUGCUCAAUCCGGCGUGGUUGGGAGCGAUGACGGGCUGCAGAAACAGGGCAAUGAUUCUGUUCUCAGUGGCCUGCGAGCGGCGGAGUGGGUGCUUGUUGCCUCGGCAAUAACGACCUCCCUCGUAGUGAUGGGAUUCUUUAGGGGCAUGGCACAGGUGGGACUUAAAAAUCAGGAUUCGGAUGAUGGGAAGUGA